AUAAAUUUUUAAUAUUUUAUAAAUUCUUAUAUACUCUUUAAAAAAUGUCAUAUCUUUUAGUUAUUGUCGGUACUAAAGAUAACCCACUUUUUCAAACAGAAUUCGGUACUCGUAAAGCAGGUGGAGAUGGUGUAGCUCGUUUUCGUGAAGAAAUUCGACAUAGAAAUCAAUUUGUUGUUCAUGCAACAUUGGAUCUUGUUGAAGAACUUCAAUGGGUUUCAUCAGAAAUGUAUAUGAAAUCGCUAGAUACAUUUCAUCAAGUAAUGGUAUCCGCAUUUUUAACAGCAGGAAACAUUAAAUUUAUGUUACUACAUGAAAUUCGUAAUGAAGAUGGCAUUCGGAAUUUUUUCCAAGAAGUUUAUGAUUUAUAUACAAAAUGUUUAAUGAAUCCAUUUUAUGAAGUAGACAUGCCAAUUACAUCAUUUACAUUUGAACAAAAAGUAAAAUCUAUUGCAAAAAAAUAUUUGUAAAAGUAUUAAAUGUCAAAAAUAUCAACAAUUUCUUAUAUACCA